AUGGUUACUCCCCAGCAGCGGAAGAAGAGAGUGGCAUUUAUCCUGAUUGAUGGAUUGGGUGAUGUGUCAUUGCCAAGGCUUGGAUACAAGACUCCUUUGCAAGCAGCAAACGUGCCUAACUUAGAUGCUAUUGCAUCUGCUGGAGUUAAUGGCCUUAUGGACCCUGUUGAAGUAGGCUUAGGUUGUGGAAGUGAUACUGCUCACCUUUCUUUAUUAGGUUAUGAUCCACGAGUGUACUAUAGGGGUCGAGGUGCAUUUGAGUCCAUGGGUGCUGGAUUGGCAAUGUCUCCUGGCGAUAUUGCCUUCAAAUCAAAUUUUGCAACAUUAGAUGAGAAAACAGGAAUAGUCACCAGUAGAAGGGCUGAUCGGCAUUUUGAAGAAGAAGGGCCGAUUCUCUGUGCAGCUCUGGAUGGAAUGAAGUUGCCUUCUUUCCCGAAAUAUGAAGUCAGAGUCAGGUAUGCAACAGAACAUAGAUGUGGAGUGGUGGUGAAAGGGUCAAGACUGAGUGGGAAUAUAUCAGGAACAGAUCCACUAAAGGACAACCGCUUACUUCUUCAAGCUGAAGCUUUAGAUGACACUGAUGAGGCAAAACAUACAGCUGCAGUUGUUAAUGAGUUAUCCAGGGAAAUAUCUCGUAUUCUGGUUUCUCACCCAUUAAAUGCAAAACGAGCAGCAGAAGGAAAGAAUAUUGCCAAUGUGGUCCUUUUACGGGGAUGUGGCAUUCGAAUUGAGGUUCCUUCUUUUCAAAACAAACAUGGUUUAUGGCCAUGCAUGGUAGCUCCCACCAAAAUCAUAGCUGGUUUAGGACUAUCACUAGAUAUUGAUAUCCUAGAAGCUCCUGGAGCAACUGGAGAUUAUCGAACACUUUUGACUUCCAAAGCAAAUGUCAUAGCUAAGGCACUCUCAACUCCAUUGGCACCUUGUCCCAAUGUAUUUGUACCAGGGGAGGAUGAGCACAAACCAGGACGACCAGAUGGCUAUGAUUUUGGGUUUCUCCACAUUAAGGCAAUAGAUGAUGCAGGCCAUGACAAGGCAAGCAUUUUGAAAGUUAAAGCGUUGGAAGCUGUAGAUCGAGCUAUUGGCCAGCUGGCCAAGCUCCUCUUGCAGGCAGAAUCAUCUGGAAAGUUUCAGUACUUCCUUUGUGUCACUGGAGAUCACUCUACACCUGUUGAAUAUGGAGAUCAUAGUUUCGAACCAGUUCCAUUUUCCAUGUGCCAGUUGAAAGAUUUUGUGGGUGCCGUGGGUGGAGAGUCAAUCAUCAUGGAAACUUCUCUUGAUCCAUUUCCUCUUCCAACUGUUAAGACUGGUGAAGACCUAGUGGAAGUUGAAAAGGUGGAAAAGGAGAGGAGCAGCAAGCAGCUUAAAGCUUUCAGCGGUGAUUCAGUUUGUGAACUUAGUGAGAUAUCAGCAGCAAGAGGAUGCCUUGGACGGUUUCCAGGGGGACAAAUGAUGGGUAUUGUCAAGGCAUUUCUAGAACUGAAAGCAUAA